CUGCCGGCUGCGGGCGAUCACGAGCGAUCCGCCCCAGAACUUCGACGACCAAAGCGUCGACCCGGUCCCCUCUUCUACGCGGGACUUCGAGUACACGAAGGCGCGGAAGGCGGCGCCGUUUUACCCGGAGUCGGAGGCCCCGGUGGUGGAGGUGGAGCCGCAGCAGGAGAGGUUCAGGGGCCUGCACGCCGCAGAGAACGAGCUGUUCCGCGUGGAGCCCGCGGGGGAGGCAGCAGCCGGCGAGGGAGAGCGCGUGGUCAGCGGCUUGGCCGUGGACAAGGCCGGGAAGCAGCAGCAGGCGCGGGGGCCCCCCCCCUCGCACAGGCCCGUGGCGGGCGUGGGGCCCCUCUGCGAAGCCUACAGCAACCCGGCCAUGUCUUUGGAAGUGCAGCAGCAGCUGACUUUGCUGCUGCAGCGCCACCAGUGCAGCGCCGCGCAGCUCCGGGCCUUCGUGCGACUCGCCAGCGGCUCCGCCGCCGGCCUCGUCUUCAGGGCCAAGGGCCAGCAGGACUUCCUCGCUGCAACGCUGGACUCGGAAAAAAAGGUAAAGGGCUUUUGCCGGGGCCUCCGAGGGGACUUAAGCAACUCUGCAGGUGGCCAGCCUGGCGGCCACGCGGGGCGGCCAGCAGUGGACCCUUGCGGAGGCCCCGGUCUUCUACGUGA